AUGCUGUUACAAAAGGUGCGUUUAAUCCUGCACGGUGACAUGUGGUCUCUGCGCUCUGAGAAUCCAAUUUUGAUUUCAUGGCAGAGAGCUCCAGUAAUGCAGCACAUGUGGUCGUUGCUACGACCGCCACCGCAGCCGCCACUACUACAGCCGAAAACCCAGCACCAACAAAAGCAGAGUUAUCCAAACCUCGUUGUUUUUAACCGCACUGCAAACACAAUCCACCUGAAUGUGUGCACAAACAGCAAUGAGGAGAAGCAAAAGAAACGUCGAAAUCGAACUACCUUUACAAGUUUCCAGCUCAAUGAAAUGGAGCGUAUAUUUCAGAAAACCCACUAUCCAGACGUCUACGCCAGAGAGCAGCUGGCACUGCGGACGGGUCUCACAGAGGCACGAGUUCAAGUGUGGUUUCAGAACCGACGAGCAAAGUGGCGGAAGAGAGAACGCCUCUGCAAUGGUACCAGCGUCGGCAGUGCUGACACCAUCUCCCCAAUGCCCUCCGUCUUCUCCUACAGCGAGUUUUCCGACAGCACGGGUGUAUUUACCGAUGGUCUACGCAAAAGCCUUGAGCAUUCAGAAGUUCCCUUCCCCUCCGACAUAAUUGCUAGAAAUAAAUUACCCUACGGCGCAGAAUAUCCCCCCUUUCUGUGUAAUCCUAUGCGACCGAAUGUCCAACAGAAAGCAUACCUGUCGAGGUACGUUAGACCAUCACCCGAUCAAGCCCCUUUUGAUGAGGCUUCACGCAUCUUCAGCUCGCUGAUGCCGAAAUUGUGUAACCCUGUGGUAGAGACUUCACCACCACCUCCGCCACCUAUUCUUCCCCCCUAUCCUCCUCCUCAUCAAAACAAUCAGCAUCAGCCACAGACACAUGUUCAACAGGAUUCACAGCUGUGCUUUAAUCUGCACGAGAAUCUGAAGACACCGGGAGGUAUUUCACGGCUCAUGAAGGAGUGGCCCGAAGCAGAGGAUGUUCGGUGGGCAUUGCAUAACGGUCAGUGGACUAAACAACACCAAUCAGGAAUGACUACCAGGACACAGUUGUUCAUGUACUCCCCGGCCUUUGAAGGCUACGCAAAGCAGUACGCAGUUCACCAGAAUGGUGAAACGACAAUACCGACUUUGAAUAAGUGA